UCCUCUGCCCUGCUCUCGUCUUUAAACGCUGCAAAUAAGUUCACGGGGCCCUCUCCUCCGGCUGUGGUGCGUGUGAACCCGAGGCUGGCAGAGAAGCAACGGCGUUGCGGGACCCUAUUUCCAAGUGCAGCACCGCUUUGCGAUGCAUUGUAUGAUGCGCCAGUGGUUUCGGUAUCACGCCCACUGGGUCGAGGCUAUAGCAGCUCUCCGCCCGGGCCGAAUUUGACAGGGGCGUCGCCUCCACACGUUGACGUCUGCGGCUGGAGCGCAAAGGAAUUCGCCCGUCAACCAUGUGGGCUUGCAGAAGAGGUGGACGAGAGGGUACUCCAUGCGGCCUUUAUUCCCUUUGGUGACAUCACAGAUAUCCAGAUCCCACUGGACUAUGAGACAGAAAAGCAUCGUGGCUUCGCUUUCAUUGAAUUUGAACUGGCCGAGGAUGCUGCAGCAGCAAUUGACAACAUGAAUGAAUCUGAGCUUUUUGGAAGGACGAUUCGCGUCAACCUGGCCAAACCAAUGAGGAUUAAGGAAGGAUCCUCCCGGCCAGUCUGGUCAGAUGAUGAUUGGUUGAAGAAGUUUUCUGGAAAGACACUUGAAGAGAACGUGGAAGAAGAAGGGGCAGAGCCUGCCAAAACAGAGGCCCAGGAGGGCGAGCCUCCAGCAAAGAAAUCAAGGGCAAACCCUCAGGUUUACAUGGACAUCAAGAUUGGCAAUAAGCCUGCUGGCCGCAUAAACAUCCUCUUGAGAUCGGAUAUCGUACCCAUGACCACAGAGAACUUCCGCUGUCUGUGCACACACGAGAAGGGAUUUGGCUUUAAGGGGAGCAGCUUCCAUCGUGUGAUCCCCCAGUUCAUGUGCCAAGCUGGCGACUUCACCAACCACAAUGGCACAGGGGGGAAAUCAAUCUAUGGGAAGAAAUUUGAUGAUGAAAACUUCAUUCUGAAGCACACGGGGCCAGGCACACUGUCCAUGGCCAACUCUGGCCCCAACACCAACGGAUCUCAGUUCUUCAUCACUUGCGAUAAGACUGAUUGGUUGGACGGGAAACACGUUGUGUUUGGAGAGGUUACAGAGGGGAUGGAUGUGAUGCGGCAGAUAGAGGCUCAAGGCACCAAAGAUGGAAAACCAAAGCAAAAAGUGAUCAUCUCAGACUGUGGUGAAUAUGUGUGAAUAGCCACACAAGAGGAAAAGAAAGUGGAAAGAACAUGCAGAAAGGAACAAAGAUGGUCCCUUCUGCCCAAACAGCUUCUUGGAGCCCUUUGAGCACCAUGGGAGCAAACUGAGGCUUGUUUUACUCUGAGGCAAGAGCAUCAGGAGGAGUGCCUGGACCAAACAAGAUCAUGUAAAUAUUCAGCCAUGUGUGGGAGGUGUCCUUCUCAUUUGGAACAGCCAAUUUGACAGAGCUGUGUUUUUUGUACUGAACUUGACCAGCACAUAAAAAAUAAAUUGUAGAUAAUCUUUUAAA